UUAAAUCCAUAUCGAGUGCGGCAAGCGAGAAGCGCGGACGUGUAUAUUGCAGCGAGUGACAAGUGCAUUUACAGAUGGCGGACAGCACAAUCAAGAGAAACAUCCCUAUCAAGUUGGGCGACUUCAGCGUCAUCGACACAGAAUUCUCCAACAUCCGGGAACGGUUUGAUGCGGAGAUGAGGAAGAUGGAGGACGAAAUGACAAAGUUCAGAUCGGAAUUGAUGAACCGCGAGAGCAACUUCUUCAAAACUACCUCCAGCACGACGUCCAACUCCCUCUCCACCAGCUCUAGCGAUGCUCCCAGAGGAGGCUCCAGCACGUGGCUUGAAAGCCUCAACUCUCCUCUUAUCCAGGACACCGGCGACAACAAGAUGCUCAAGUUGAGGUUUGACGUCAGCCAAUACGCCCCUGAGGAGAUCGUCGUCAAAACAGUGGACAACAAACUCCUGGUCCACGCCAAACACGAGGAGAAGACAGACAGCAAAUCCGUCUACAGGGAGUACAACCGGGAGUUCCUGCUGCCCAAGGGGACCAACCCCGAGAGCAUCAAAUCAUCCUUGAGCAAGGACGGAGUUUUGACGGUGGAGGCCCCAUUGCCAGCCCUGGGACAACCCGAGAAGCUCAUUCCCAUUGCGCAAAACUAACGUGCCUACAUCACAGAGGUCUUCAAGAACUGGCCAGGUCUGCUGCUAAAAUUAUUUAAGAUUUUAAUUUUAAUUCUUUGUGAAACAAUUUUAAAUUUUAUUUAUUCAAAAUCUUUGAAAUAUGUUUGCAACUGUGUUGUAGUAAAAUAUUUUAAAAUUUUAAAUUGAAGUAGACCUGGUCGGCUAAGACCUUACCACGAGUGCUUUUAUAUGCGGAUGUACAGCGUACACAAAACUAUAUGUUGUAAAUUUUAAUUUAGAAGAAAUUUUAUUUAUCAGUAUUUUUAUAAAACCAUAUUUUAUAAGUUCUUCACAAUAACCUCACACUAAUGUAGGUGUAAAUGUUGUAGUGAAUUUUGUUAACUCGUUUUAUUUAUUCCGCCCAAACGCUUUACAGGUUUUUAAAAUUAUGUUACAUGUUUGAUUUAAUUAGUGUUUAUAUUUUUGUUCUUUUAUGUAAUUAAAGUAAUAUUGUUUCAA